CUUCCCCUCUCUUCUUUUGUUCUUCCCCAAUUCUGUCUCCCAAAUUAGGAUUUCGGAAUUCCAUUACUUAAAAUUUCUAUUCUUCCAAACCAUAUUCCUUGCAAUGCACGUAGUAAUGAAGAGCAUAAUCACUUUAGAUUUUCUCAUACCCUCAGAAUGCCUUCCUAUAUAUAUUAGCAGAUUUUGUUAUUCUUGCCGGAAAGUGCUAAGAGCCCCUUUCACCAGAUGGAAAUCUUUUCUCCCAUUUUGUUCUUCUCCCCCAUAUAAGACCCAAUUUUUUUAUCUCCAAACCUGCAAAGAAGGGUUUUCCCGGCCAAAAAAAUCUUUUCUUUGGACGGAGUUACCUCCGGUACUCUUCUCUGAACCCACUUUCUUCUAUCUACCUGAAGCUUUAUCCCAAGAAUCUUUCUUCUCCCCUACACAUAAGAAGACCCGAUUUUGUUACCUCAAACCUGCAAAGAAGGGUUUCCCCCCCAAAAAAAUCUUUUCUUUGGACGGCAAUACCUCUGUUAGAACCCACCUUUUCGAUGGAGCUCCUAAACUUUCCUCAAGAACUUGCUAACCACCGCCAUUUUCUUGCCAAUCUGGCCUCCUUCACUAGCCUCGCUGCUUCAAGCAGAAAUUACCAUCAACGACCAGUGAAAGCUUGGAAAUUUCAGUUACUGUUGGGCGCCCGUAAUGUUCCGUUUUACCUAAUCGAGCAACCGUUCGUCCCGGAGCAGGAAAAUCAAGAUAAUGGCGAUCCUAUCUGUAUUCACUGCUCUCAUGCAGAUUGGGGUGGACAUUUUGUGUCCACCAAGUCCUAUCAUUUUAUUCUGCCUCCAGAAGGAUUUUGGAAUCAGAAGAUGAUCAAACUGGACAGGCAAACCUACACAAGAAACUACCUGCUGCACGGAGUCAUCCACUCCUCCGGUUAUGGCCAUAUUAUUGGAGUUCAGGCUGGUGGAACCCUCACAGAGGGAGACUUGAGGGAGUUUUGGGUUAGGAUUUGUAAUUUCCUACAUCCAACCCUUAUUAGUUGGGAAGGUCAUGCAAACCAAAUCAUCAGACGGCCAUAUACUCCCUACAAUGGUAACAGUGAAGAGAUAUGGUUUAAACUGAUCCUCCAAUCUCAGUUUGCCGAUGAAGAAUCACCCUGCAAGCCUCAAGGAAUUUAUGUUCAGGUUCCUGUUGAUUCGAAUGUUGGACAGCUGAAAAAAGCAGUGCAGGAAGCGAUUAGGGAAGCCUAUGCCGUAUGCCGAAAUUUCAACUUGAGCUCUAUUGAAGAUUGUGUUGGGCAAGUAGACUCUACCUUGGUUUCAGAUUGUCUGCAGUCAGGAAAUAUUGUGGUGAAGGGUGCUAACAUCAGUCCAGAGGUGAGAUUCAGAUAUCAGGGAGGCACAAAAAGAUUGGCAUGCACGUGUGGUGCACGAUAUUACAAUGCUAGGAUGAGGGUGUUUCUUUGUGCUCAGUGUAGAAAAUAUCAUCAUUGUUUGUGCUAUCAUGAGUCUGAGUCGAAUCCCGUUCCUAAACGUUGCCUUCCCUGCAACAUGCGCCAUAUAUUGAGGAGGGGUGAGGACAUCAAUGAACCAUUUGAGUCUGAGUUAAUUGAACACCAUCUACUGCCGGAGGAUUAUCUUAAGGAUCUUAGUGGUAAAUUGGAGUAGGACCUAAGUCGCAAAGUGGAGGAGAAAGAGGAGGAUACUUGAAGAGAGCAGUGGCCCUUUUGAUGUGAAGGGAGGAUUGAGUUCCAUUGUACUGGAUUGUCAUCAUAUGGGCCUGCAAGACAUUCUAUCAUUUCCGUGUUAGCAUUCUUUUUUUGUUUUCUGUUUUCUUGCAUUUUUUUUUCCCUAUCUUUCUUCAUAUGUAAAAUUUGCUCAGACUAUCUGUUGAUCUUAGUGAAAAAUUCUGAGGCUAGGUAUCUGUAAAAAAUCUGCUAUC